AUGGGGGACUGGAACCUUUUGGGCAGCAUCCUUGAAGAAGUGCACAUCCACUCCACCAUAGUUGGCAAAAUCUGGCUCACAAUCCUGUUCAUAUUCCGGAUGCUAGUGCUGGGAGUGGCCGCCGAAGAUGUCUGGGAUGAUGAGCAGUCUGAGUUCAUCUGCAACACAGAGCAACCCGGCUGCAGCAAUAUCUGUUAUGACAAAGCCUUCCCCAUCUCUUUGAUCAGAUACUGGGUAUUGCAGAUUAUAUUUGUCUCUUCUCCAUCUCUAGUCUACAUGGGCCAUGCACUCUAUAGGUUAAGGGCUCUCGAAAAAGAGCGACAGAAGAGGAAAGCCCACCUGCGGGCUCAGCUAGAAGAUCUGGAGCCCAUACCCGAGGAACAUAGGAGAGUGGAGAGAGAACUGCGUAAGCUGGAAGAACAGAAGAAAGUGAAUAAGGCACCCCUGAGAGGGUCCCUGCUGCGCACCUAUGUCCUACAUAUCCUGACCCGGUCGGUGGUUGAAGUGGGCUUUAUGAUAGGUCAGUAUCUUUUAUAUGGGUUUCACAUGUCCCCCCUUUACAAAUGCACUCGGCCCCCUUGCCCUAACACGGUGGAUUGUUUUGUGUCCCGACCCACAGAGAAGACCAUCUUUAUGGUUUUCAUGAACAGCAUCGCCGCGGUCUCCCUGUUCCUCAACAUCCUAGAAAUCGCCCACCUGGGCCUCAAGAAGAUCCAGAAGAGCCUCUACGGG